CGUCGACCCGAACGCUUCUUCCUCCUCUCUUCUUUGCUCUCGCUCCAUUGGUGCAUACCGACUUCAGAGCUGCGCCGCGGCGUCUCCACUCCUCCUCCAGCUGCGACGCAUCUCUCUCCUCUUCUCUCAAUCAAGCUGAACGCGACGAGGCUUGAAACCGUGGAGGGGUGGUCCCUGUUGCCCUGCUCUCGUCGCUAUUGGGUCCUCGAUUCCACUGCUCCCGCGGCGAUUUCAAGCUGCUCGGUGCUCUCUCCUAAGUCGAGAUGAGGGUGCGAAAGCAAAGGCGCCAACGCAAGGCGGUGAGGUUUUAUACCGCCUGUUUCGGUUUUCGACAGCCUUUCCGAGUUCUCUGCGACGGGACUUUUGUGCACCACCUUGUCGUGAACAAAAUUGCGCCUGCCGAUAAAGCCCUCUCCGACAUUCUCUCCGCUCCCGUCAAACUCUACACCACCAGAUGUGUGCAUAAUGAGUUGAGAAGGCUGGGAGACUCGCAUGCCCAUUCACUUGAUGCUAUAAAACAUCUUGCCAUUGCCAGAUGUGAUCAUGAGGGGAAGAUGAAAGCUGACUGUUGCAUCCUGGAGAUUAUUGGGGAAAAAAAUCCCGAGCACUUCUUUGUUGCUACUCAGGACACUGAUCUGCGGAGGAAGCUUCUGCAGAUACCAGGAGUCCCUGCCAUAUAUGGUCUUAGGAAUGCUCUUUUUCUCGAGCAACCGUCCACAUCUCAACGCCAAUUUGUGAAAACUUCCGAAGAAGGACGGUUGCAUAUGACAGGGUUGGAGCAUAAGAUGUUGAAAAAGAGGACUGCUAAUAUUCUUGGGGCCAAGGAGUCAAAAGACUCUUCUGAUGAACAGGAAGAUUUUGGAGAGCAAUAUUUGGAGUCAUCGGCUGUGACAAAGCCACAAGCAGUCAAAAAAGAAAUAGGCGUAAAAGAUAAAGUUCAGUUUAAGAGAAAGAAAGCGAAGGGACCAAAUCCGCUUUCUUGUUUGAAGAAGAAGACCCAUGAAAAUUCUAAACCUAGUUCUGAGAAGGAAAGGAAGGAUGGUGAUGGUACCAUCAGAAGUAGAGGUAGGAAACGAAAGAGGUCGCGAAAAGGGAAAACUUCUUCAGAUACAGCUAAUUAACUACGUGCUGGUCCAGCUUUUGAGGUUUUCACUUCCUUGAGAGUGCAGUUUUGGCGGCUUGCAAAGAAGUUUUGUAUUGUGAUGUUCCAUAUUCUUUGCACAAUUUUAGAUCAUAGUCAACUCUCCGGUCCGGUUUUAUUGCCCUUCUUCAGUGUUAAAAUGUGGAGCUUUGUUCAUUAGUUUGAAUAUAUCUUGGAAGUGGAUGAUCUUCCUUCACCUC